AUUGCGUUUUUAAGUUCAGCGAACUUCAGCAUACUUUAACCUCCCCGGCUUCCCCCACCCGCAAACUCCCCCUCACCUCCACCUCCAUCUCCCUCAAACCUCCCCGACUUCCACCACCCCACUUUCAAAACCACCUCUUAUUUUCUCUCUCCUCAACAAUGAAGAAGAAACGCACCCAAGAAUCCCAACUACAAUACGAACUAGGAACAUGUUCAAAGCAAAACGAUCUCACAAAAGCAAUCUCUCUCUACAAUUCAGCUUUGUCCCAAAACCUCCUAUUAUCUCACCACCACUUCAAUUCAAUACUCCACUUAUGUUCAUCUCCAGAUUCUCUCUCCUCCCCUAACAAAUCCUUCGCCCUCGAAAAUGGCUUUCGGGUUUACGAACAAAUGCAAUCCAACAACAUCCCACCAACCGAGGCCACGAUUACCCAGGUUGCGCGCCUCGCUGCUGCAAGAAAUGACCCUAAUUUUGCAUUUGAGUUGAUUAAGAGUGCCAAGGAUAAAGGGGUUUUGCCGCGGCUGCGGACUUACGGACCUGCAUUGUUGGGGUAUUGUGAUAAUUUAAGAGCGGAGGAAGCGUAUUGCGUGGAGGAGCAUAUGAGAGGUAAUGGGGUGAGGUUAGAGGAGGGAGAAUUGAGUGCCCUUUUGAGGGUUAGUGUUGAAGUAGGGAGGGCGGAGAAGGUGUAUGAGUAUUUGGGUAAGUUGAGGGGGGUGGUGAGGGGUGUGAGUGAGGAGACUGCUGGGGUUGUGGAGAAGUGGUUUCAAGGGGCGAAGGCCGCCGAGGUGGGUAUUGAGGAGUGGGAUGUUGGAGAGGUGAAGGAAGUGAGGGAGAAGUGUGGGGGUGGGUGGCAUGGGAUAGGGUGGUUAGGGAAGGGGCCUUGGGAGGUGAAGAGGGUGAAUGUGGGGGGUAAUGGAGGGUGUUGUGGGUGUGGGGAGAGGUUGGUUUGUGUCGAUAUCGAUUGUGGGGAGACGGAGAGGUUUGCUCAAUCGAUUGCUGGUUUGGCUAUGGAGAGGGAGGUUAAGUGUGAUUUCAAGAGCUUUAUGGAGUGGAUUGAUAACCAUUCUGACUAUGUGGCUAUAGUAGAUGGAGCAAAUAUUGGGCUUUAUCAACAGAAUUUUGCUGACGGGGGGUUCAGUGUUGCACAGAGCAGCUUUGAAGCUGUAGUAAUGGAGUUGUAUACUAGGAACAAAAAGUGGCCUUUAAUUGUCCUGCAUAAGAAACGUCUACGGGCAUUCCAGGGUAACCCUUCCAGUCAAAAGCUGCUUGAGGAGUGGUUAGCUCAAGGCACACUCUACGCAACACCUAGUGGAUCAAAUGAUGAUUGGUAUUGGCUAUAUGUUGCUGUGAAGAUGAAGUGCUUGCUUGUUACAAAUGAUGAAAUGCGUGAUCAUAUAUUUGAACUCCUUGGGAGCAGCUUUUUUCUUCAGUGGAAGGAAAGGCAUCAAGUCCAUUAUACUUUUGCGAAAGGAGUUCCAAACCUUAAAAUGCCUCCAAAAUACUCUAUUCUUAUGCAGGAAUCAGAGAGAGGAUCUUGGCACAUCCCAAUAGCCAGUGAAAACACUGAUGAGUUGUCGAGAAGUUGGCUAUGCAUCACCAAGUUGAGUAGUUUCAGCUCUAACUCGGGUGAACAGAUGCAUAUUCCCCUCAACAAAUGCAACAAUGGAGGCCAAGAUUGUCUUUACAGUUCUGGAAAUGGGGUUUCAUCUCUGACUGGUAAAAGGAAGGAGAGAGAACCGUCUCCUUCAGGGCUGCAUUAGUUUGUGUUAGUAACUAUUAUAAUUUUUAGUUUACGAGUUCAUUGCAUGUCUCCUUGUGCUUCUCCAUGGCUUUGGAAUUGGAUUAAUACCUAACUACAAUAUACAGCCAGAUAAAGUAUGUAAAAUUAUCUUUUUUGACCUGACCGAUGGAAGUGUUCUAAAGAAGGGUUUUUUUUCUUCUCUUUUCAGGCAGGCCAUAAUUUGUGUAGUAAUUUGGUGUUAUUAUAUCAUAAAAUGGUUAUGAUAGUUUAUAUUUAUCAGGUAUGUUAUUGAAUCCUUAAGAGUUUGCGGUUUGCUUUUUA